AGGGUCACCCUGCCUUGCACAGACUGACUCACCGGGCGCGGGUUCGGAAGCUCCCGACUUGACCAGGCGAGGUCCCCUUCAAGGAAACGGGUGGGUAGAUUCGGGAGCGUGGUUUACAGUGAGAAGACCGGGGUCUAGAAGUGAGAGCAAACGUCCGACUUCUGCGGAGGAAGAGGGGCAGCCAGCCAAUAAGUAGGGAGACCAGAGCUGGGGUUCCUUGGCCCAGGACGAAGGAGGGAGUGGGCGAGGGAGCAUGAUGACCUUAUCCAGAACCUGAGGGGACAGACUGUGCUUCGUGAAGGCAGAGCCCUUGUGCAUUGCUCAUUGCUGCAUCCCAUUGCCUGGAUGAGCACCUGACACAAGUGGCAACCACCCCUGAAGUGUUCUUGGAGUGAUUCACAACCACCACAUGCUCUGAAAGAUGAGCGAGGCCUCGGGGGACAUAGGCUCCAGUACUGUGGCUGCCUUGGUUUCCCCCUGUGUCCCGGCCAGAGAAUCUCUGGAAGUGGAGCAGGUCUCUCGGCCAGGACACAUGGAGACUCAUCCACCAAGCCUCAUGGAGGCUGUGACAUUUGGUGAUGUGGCUGUGCACUUCUCACGGGAGGAGUGGCAGUGUCUGGACCCUGGCCAGAGGGCCCUCUACAAGGAGGUGAUGCUGGAGAACCACAGCAGUGUGGCUGGACUAGCAGGAUUUCUGCUCUUCAAGCCUGAACUGAUCUCCCGGCUGGAGCAAGGGCAGGAGCCAUGGGUCCUUGACCUGCAGGGAACAGAGGCGAGAGAGGCACGAAGGACCCUCCAGACAGAGUCUACAGUAAGCCCUGAUGGUGGUGAGCAGGCUGGCGAAGACAUGCACAUGCUAAAAUCGGAGUCUCUGGCAGCGAUGGUCAGACCCCGCCCUCGGGAUUACCCUCAGAGUCCUGGCUUCGGAGACACCUCUGAUUCUGAGGUAUGGCCAGAGAGUGAGCUAAGCCCUCUCUUUCAGAAACACCACUUGCACACAGGGACUGUGGCUCCCAGGAAGACCUCUGCCACGGAGGAUGUGCAGGGACAUGUCAACCUGGGUUGUCAACCUGAGAAAAGUCAGGGGGUUUCUGCAGAUGGGCCGUCUCAAAGAUGUGAUGUUUGUGGCAGGAGUUUCAGAUUCGCGGCUCUGCCUCACUUUGGUGUACAGAAGGAACUUAACAGAUGUCAGGAGUGCCAAAAAAAGUUAUCUGAUUGCUUACAGGGGAAACAUCAAAGUAACUGCCACGGAGAGAAGCCGUAUGAGUGUGAGGAAUGUGGGAAAGUCUUCAGGUUGUGCUCGCAGCUUAAUCAGCAUCAGAGAAUCCACACUGGAGAGAAACCGUUCAAAUGCAUAGAGUGUGGAAAAGCCUUUCGACUGAGCUCAAAACUUAUUCAGCAUCAAAGAAUUCAUACGGGAGAGAAACCGUACAGGUGUGAGGAGUGUGGGAAAGCCUUUGGUCAGAGCUCCAGCCUCAUCCACCAUCAGAGGGUGCACACAGGAGAGAGGCCCUAUGGCUGUCGUGAGUGUGGGAAGGCCUUCAGCCAGCAGUCUCAGCUGGUCAGACACCAGAGGACUCACACUGGAGAGAGGCCCUACUCGUGCCAGGAGUGUGGGAAGGCCUUCAGCCAGAGCUCAACCCUGGCUCAGCACCAGCUGAUGCACACGGGGGAGAAGCCUCCAGUUCCAAGAACCCUGGAUGGUGCCACCCUCAUUGCACACCAGAGAAUCCACGCUGCAGAGAAACCGUUUAAGUGUGAUGAGUGUGGGAAGGCUUUCAGGUGGGUCUCUCGCCUUAGUCAGCACCAGCUGAUUCACACUGGAGAGAAACCAUAUAAAUGCAACAAGUGUGCAAAAGCUUUCGGUUGUAGCUCACGGCUUAUUCGCCACCAAAGAACUCACACUGGAGAAAAACCAUUCAAAUGUGAUGAGUGUGGGAAGGGCUUUGUCCAGGGCUCACACCUGAUUCAGCACCAGAGAAUUCACACCGGAGAGAAACCCUAUGAGUGUAGUGAUUGUGGAAAAGCCUUCAGCCAGAGCUCAAGCCUCAUUUACCAUCAGAGGAUUCACAAGGGAGAGAAACCCUACGAGUGCCUGGAAUGUGGAAAAGCCUUCAGUAUGAGCACACAGCUCACAAUUCAUCAGAGGGUUCACACUGGGGAGAGGCCCUAUAAAUGUGGUGAGUGCGGGAAAGCCUUCAGUCAGAACUCAACCCUUUUCCAGCACCAGAUAAUUCAUGCUGGAGUAAAGCCCUAUGGAUGCAGUGAGUGUGGGAAAGCCUUUAGUCGAAGUUCGUACCUCAUUGAGCACCAGAGGAUUCACACACGUGCCCAGUGGUACCACGAAUAUGGGGGCACCCUGGAGGGUUCUACCCAUGUGAGCCGUAAAAAAGUUAACACUGUAAAGAAACUACACAAAUGUAAUGAAUGUGAGAAAAUAUUCAGAUGGCGCUCCCAUCUCAUUAUACAUCAGAGGAUUCACACUGGUGAGAAACCUUAUAAAUGUAACGAAUGUGGCAAAGCCUUUAAUCGGAGCUCAAGGCUCACUCAGCAUCAGAAGAUUCAUAUGGGAUAGACCACUCACCUCUUUAAAUGUGUGUAAGUGGGAAUAAACCCACAGCCUUAACCUAUUUAAAUUAUAUGGGAUAAUUGAUACGAACAAGGUAGAAUGUUAGUAAAGAUUCAGAAUUGCUCUUUUAAAAA